AUAAACAAACGCAUGGAGUUGUGUGUUCAUCGUAGGCACGCUAAAUAAUCAAAGAAAGAAAUGAAAGAAAGUUAUUAUAAGCUUGUUAUGAGGAAACUAAUUUAUUAUGGAGCCAUAUGAAUCCAGUGAGUUGGAUUCUUUUCCUGAAGAUAGAUGUAGUGUUGAUACAAUACUUCGGAAUCUUCCUUUGCGAGCAACCUCAAACGAUUCUUGGUGUAGUUCUGAGAACGGGAAAUCAGAAUACAAUAAAUUGUUCCUUGUCACAUACGAUGAAACACAUACGAUUGUUUCGAAGCACAGAAUAAGCCUUGAAGUCAACCUGGGGCGUGAACAUGAGCUGCAACCCAGUAGCAGUGAGCUGAAUGAUAAUUCAGUGGUGACCAAUCAAGUAACGCUGUCUGAUUCACAAGGUGUCAUACUUACACCUCUACCAAAUGAAGUUGGCAAAACAUCCAGAAAUGGGACUACAUGUGAACUAGUAAUGCAAAAGACAGAUACUGGCCUUUUACAGCCUAUUCCUUAUGAGGUUAAAUUAGCAGCAUUGAAUGCUAUGAUACCAUCAGGAGCAUGUUUAGGGCAAACUGUGUUGAGCUGCUCUAUUUGCACAAAAGCCUAUAACAAAACAUCGGAACUUAAAGCUCAUAUUUCUAGACAUUUCGGUUUGCAUAGUUUUCUCUGUCCUGUUUGUGGACAACAGUUCUCUCAUUCCUCAAACUUGAAUCGCCAUCUGAGAGUCCAUUCAGGUGCCAAGCCCUACAAAUGUCAAGAUUGUGACAAAAGAUUCAGCCAAGCAAAUUCCCUACAUGCACACCAAGCUCACAUCCAUGUUGGUGACAAUAAAAAUCUACAUCGCUGUCCCUUGUGUGGUCGUCUUUGCAAGACUUGGCAGUUAUUGAAACAUCACUGCAAAAUUUAUCACGAAGCUGAGAACAGGGACUUGGAUACCCCUCCUACUGUUGUAGCAAAACGAAAAUUUUAUUGUUCAGAUUGUGGUGAAAGUUUUGCACUGAAAUCUCUGCUGAGGAAACAUAAAGAAAUAGAAAAAGGUGUGUUGUCUCCAAAAGAGCCAGUAGAAGCAGUUAUCGUUAAUGAAAAUCCAUGCGCUGAAAUUCAACUUUUGGAUGCCAUGGAUAGCAUUGAUUCAAUGUUGCGCGAGAUCCAGCAUGGGAAUAAUGCGCCUAUCAGUAUGGAUCUAGUUCUCCCUAAGGUGAUAGACACAGUUAGCCAAACUAUAGAAGACGUAAUAAGCAAAAUCAGCAAACUCGUUUGCUUCGAAUGUGGGAAACAGUUUCGUCGUUAUAUGAGUUACAAACAGCAUUGGGGUGUUCACGAAACCUCACUGAGAAAAUUUCAAUGUAAAGAAUGCGGCAUGGCGUUCGCGUGGAAAUCAACAUACGUGAAACAUACAAUGCAAUUCCAUUCUCCCGAGCCACGCACGAUUUUGUCAUGCAGCGAGCCAGAUUGCAAGAAGGAAUACAAAUCUCUGAGCCAACUUCAAGAGCACAUCAAAAGAGAUCACUACAUGAUUCGCAGAUUUACGUGUGAAGAAUGCAACAAACAGUUUUACAAAGCCCAUGACCUAUUAGUUCAUAAAAGAACUCAUAGUAAGGACAAACCAUACAUGUGUGGAACUUGUGGCAAGUCCUUCUCGCAUAUAUCACAUGUUAUUCGUCAUGAAAAAUCCCACAAUAAUAUCCGACCACAUACUUGCCCUGUUUGUCGUAAAUCAUUCACGCAAGCAACGGUACUCAGGGCCCAUAGGAGGACAAAAUGUCCAGAUCCCGUGAUCAACAUCAUUCCCAAUCAGGAGAACGGAAAUAAAAAAACAUGAUUCUUUCGUCUUAAUCUUUCGUCAACCGUGUGAAAUUGUGAUGGCUGACGUUUGGUCGCUGGCCAAUACGGAGGUCCGAAGGGGAGAAGUGGGGGAUAAACAAAGUUACCAUGUCACCUAUUUAAGAAUGCAUUUUAUUCAUAUGUGAAAAAAAAAAAAAAAAAAUUCCGUUACACAUUUAAUGUUCCGUUGACUAGCUUGA